ACAGGCGCUGCAGUCAAUAAAACCGAAAAAACCCUGAAAAAUACCAAAACGAAAAUCGAUUGGCAGAUCCCAUCCAUUCAUUCAACAUUCAGCGUGCAAAAAGGCAGUAAAAAAUCCAGCUGUAAAUAAGCAUAUCCGAAGACAUCCGAUCAAAAUGGUGAAGUCAAACCCCCUGAAUAUCUUGAGAAGCAUCUACAACAACGAGUUCCAAUGGAUGUUGGUCAAGAGCUACGGCCUGUUUUUCCUGGGAGUUCGUCUGGCCAAGGAGUUUGUGGGCGUGGAACUGAUGCCGGCGCUGGGACCAGCCUAGCCAUGAAACCAAAAUUGAAUCCGUCGCGUACAAAAAAGGCAAUUAAAGUUAAUUAAUAAGAGAA